AUGAGCAACUGUAUUCCUUCACUUGAGGCUUCUUUCCUGCUGUUUAUCAUGUUUGACAUGUGUGUCUAUCAGUGCCCUAGUGAGUUGCGCCGAUCUUUGGAGGCUAAAGAGAAGGAACUAGCAGAGUUAAAUAGAAUAUCUGCUGAACAAAAGCUUGGCAUCAAAGACCUUAAUGAAACACUUGGUGCAUCUGUCCAGUCCGGUGUUGAGGCUAAUGAAAUAAUUAAUAGGGCGAGUGAGAAUAUCCUUUUGUUAAAGGAGAUAAAAGAUGGAAUGGGAAGUACCUCAAAAAGAGGGGUUGAGGGAAAGCGUUGGCUCAACAGGAACAUGUCUCAUAUAGCUCCUGAUGUAGCCCUGUCUAAGCCAAUUCAGCAAGGGAAUUGGGCAAAUUUACCACCAGAAUUGCUUUUGGACUAA